CUAUGCAUCUUUCUUUUCUUUCUUUCUUUUUUUUUUUUUUAGGGUUAGGGUCUUAAAGUGGGAAGGAAUGGCCAAACUGUGGGGUGUCAGAGUCAGAUUGGCAAGUAUCUAAGCGGGUUGGAAUGAUGGUCCAAACCAACAAGAGGAAAUUUUAGAAAGAUCUGAUCCAUUCAGAGGUCUAUAUCUAGUGAAAAAAAAGAAGAACAAAAUUUUAAAAGAAAAUUAACAGCAUGGAUAUGGAGUGAAGAAGACAGGGAUUAUUAACAACUCAUGUGGAAAAAAAUGUAGAAGUUAUAGUUGACCUCCAGCUCAGUGUUAAUCAAGAUUGGGAUAUAGCUUUUUAAACAUGUAGCAAUCUUUGUUCAAUUAAUAGGUGUAGAUUUCAGAUCAAAGGGAGUCAGAUUUCAAAAUAAACAUUUCUAGACAGACCACAUUUGAAAUAUUACCCUCAUUUCCAGGUACUAUAUUUUAAAGACAUUGACAGGCAAAUGUGCAUUCUCAAGAUGAGGGAAUUUGAGAUUCUCUUCUGAAGAAUAAUAGCUGUCUUCAGUUAUUUUCAGUAUUAUCAUGUUGCUUUUGGGAGGAACACCAGGAACUGAGGAGCAUAAGUUUCAGGGUUGCAGAUGUCAUUCUAAUCUUUAGAGCUAUCAAUGGAAUGAAACAAGAUUCUUGUAAAGUAAUGAGCUCUCAGUUGUAUGAUUGUAAAGCUCUCUAGAAGUCAAGAAGUGGAAUAGCAUGACCUACUGAUUUACUUCAAAUCUGUAAACUACGCAUAAUUUUACUAUCAGGAAAUACGACUAUUACAUCCAUACAGAUGUCUGCACUUCAACGUAAAAGAAAAGACCACCAACAUUCUAUUUUAGCAGUGAAGCAUCUUGAUGCAGCUUGAACACCAGGGUUCCAGAGGAACACCUAGCAAUCUGAUUUCAUUAAUUUCCUCUGAUGUCAUAUUGGAAAAGAUUAGGAUGUCCAAAGAUAUUUGACCUUCCAUAGGAAGACGAUGUUAAAAACCUUCAGCCACAAUCACAGUAAUGGAUCUCUGUCAGAAAAAUGAGACUGAGACAGAAAAUAGUGAAAAUAAUGAAAUUCAAAGCCCAGAAGAAACAGAAUUAACCUAUACUUGCCCAGAUGAAAGAAGUGAAAAGAAUCAUGUUUAUUGUCUUCUCAAUAUCAGUGACAUUACACUUGAACAAGAUGAAAAAGCCAAUGAGUUUGUCAUUGGAACUGGAUGGGAAGAAGCAGUCCAAGGCUGGGGAAGGACUUCUCCAACUGCCUGCAUCUGGCCCAGGAAGAAGCUUAAAAAGGCGAGGGUGGGAGAAAGUGCCAGCAGCUGCUUACUCUGUGGCAGUCUCUCCCAAGGGAGCGCUGAGGCCAGGCCUCAGGCGGAGGCGGAGAAGUUGGGGUCGUGGGCUCCGGCUGAGGUGGGUCCAGAGAAGAAUCAAGGCAGCCCCUCCCAGACUCAGGGGACCCCUCCGGGCCCCACCGCUGCUUCCAGGGAGAUUGGCAAGGUCUGCUUUCCCCCCUACAGUCAGGGAAAGAAAAAAAGUCUGCAAAUAAAGGAGUUUAUUUGGUGCAAGGAAGACUGGGCCACCCCUGAGGCUCUUAGGGGCAAGGACCCCAGAAGGCCCAGCAGAGGGCCCUCCAUCUCAGACUCCUUGACUUCCAGGGCCCUUUUAGUUCUACCUCCCCUGAGGGCUUCACCCCCAAACGGCUUGGAUGUUCUGGGUAAGAAGAGUAAGAACUUUUUCUUGCAGCCAGAAGAGAAGGUGCUGAGUGUGGAAAAGGAUGAGUGUGUGGCUUGUGCAUAUGCAUUGAAAACAGUUGACGGGAAAGGUGAAAAGAGACCCAUUGAGGUGGCCAAGCACCCCAAGGUCAAUGACACACUGCCUUUCCCUCCCCGGGUGGCCCCGACAUCCCUGCUGGCCAGUCUGGAGCGGUGCUGCCUGCACUGGUCCCUCCUGCCUGAGAAAAACCUGGUGUGCCCUCCCAACCCCAGCAACGUGCGCUAUCUCGCCACCGUGCAGCUUUUGCAGAAACACGGAGUGCAAAACUACAAGGCCAAAUUCAAAGCCAGGGAGCCAAAACCUCCCGUCAACACCCAAAAACGCAUUCUCACAGAGGCCAAGCAGGAACACAGGCCCCAAAUGUUGGAGACCAAAGUGUUCCCGAGAACUCUCUUGCCGUCCCUUACCGUGAGCAGAGUUGUUAUUCCUGUCUCCACUCACAGACUGCUCUGAGCUGCCACAAUAGAAUUCCUUGGGAAUAAGCACUGUUUGAAUUCAUUCAUCCUCUCCCUGUCUCUCUCUCCCGCCCCAUCCCACCCUUUCCUUUCUUCUCUUCUUCUGCCAUACUCUUCCUGCCUAUCUACCCUCCCUUGUCCUUUUUUUGCAGCAGAACCAGAGGAAAAUGGACCUCAUUGUAUGGGUUUUGAUUUAUUCUCAAAACCCUCAUAUUUAUGUGUCACCUGCUUCUGUUGCUUAGGCAUUUACAAAAUGCAAAGUGGUAAUGCCAGUCUCAGCCUCUGCCUGCCUUAUCUCUCCACUCCCCCCAGAAGCCAAUGGACGGUGGGGCUCCGAAGGCCCUCCCUCAGUGAUGCCCACGUCAGCCCGGAGCCAACUGGCAGGGGCUCUUUCCACCCCACCUCCGUGCCUUAAGCUAAGUGUAAGGGCUUGUUUAGACCAAAUUGUUUCCUGAUCUUUUGAACCAGGCAAAUAUCUAUCUGUUGCUUUAUUUUCUCUUGCAACAAAGAUCUGAAACAUUGCUUUAGUAGAUAAUUCCAGCCUGCAUCCAGAUAAAUAUCCUUGUGCCCAAGGUGUUAUAUCCUUAUAUCCACAGACGUAUCAUACCCACUACAUGCUGCAUAUCCCAGGGUUUCAUAUACUUAUGUUCUAGCCUCAUGCUAGUCUCCAUGUCUGCAAAACUUUUAACCACAGCUCUAUAAAGUCCAUCUUGGGAAGCAGGUUAAGAGUAAUUAUUUGAAAAAAAAAAAAGUCACUGUGAUUAUAAUUGUCAUCCCACAUGCUUCCUGCAGCCUUACCUUGCAUCUAAUAUUUGGUAACUCACAACCCCAGACAGACAGUUAUGGAAUAGGGAUGUUAAUUUCUCCCUUCUGUGCCUCUUCUUCCCUCAUUUUACCCCAAUGUGUAUUUCCUGAAGUUGUAUAUAAAUUAAACAUUUGUAAAUGAGUUAUAUUUUAAGUGCCAAGUGACAAUGCUAUGUAGAGAAAUGCUCUGAAAAACCAGUUUUUAAAUAUGAAUAACCAUUUAGCCGCUCUGUAAUUACAUAGUUAGCAUUUGCUUAUGGUAGGUUGUACUUGAACUCUGGACUUCCUGUCCCCUAAUGAUGGGUAGACAGAAUAUAUGACUGUAUUUGUUAACAUCUGCUUUCCAUAACUGGUCUUUGUAAUGUCUUUUCUCUUAGUUUAGGUUUUUUAUCGUUUUGUGAUUUCUAUUUACAAAACACCAGAAAUGCAGAAAUAAUGAUAGUACAACGGUCAUUAAAUGUCUAU